GCACUGAACAGCAGUGUUAUUGUCUUCAAUACUGAAAAAAAAAUGUUUGUUUGUUUUUUGCACACUGUUUGACUGAUUUCUUUGUCAGUGCAGUCAUAUGACCUGAUUUAUAACCAUUGUUAUGGAGGAAAAGAGAACUGUGACUUUCCGAGAUGUUUCCAAGAGCUAUUUCUCACAAUCAAGGGUGGACUGUCGCUACACUAUAAGCAGUCAUCACAGCUGGAGCAGUCACGACUGGAUAGGUAUUUUUAAGGUGGGAUGGCUGACAGUGAAUGAUUACUACACUUUUGCUUGGGCUCUAGCACCAGAAGGGUACCAAACAGGAACAGAUGCAAACUGUUGUGUGGCUUUUCAUUCAUCUUAUCUGCCAAAACCUGGUAGGGAGGCAUAUCAGUUUGCUUAUGUGGAUGAACGUGACGAGAUAUGUGCAGUCAGUUCUCAGUUUACUUUUUGUGCUCCAAAACCUCUGGAUGAACUUGUUACACUAGAGCAGGACAAAAAUGGCGAGGAAGAGGAGGGGGGAGAUGACAUGCUGGUGGUGGUGCCAAAGGCUCUGAUCCUAAAGGAUCUCUUAGAAGGAUGUCAGCGUGAGUUACAUGAGCUGCGUAAGAGGUUUGAGUCUACUGAUGCUGAGGUCGAGACAGAAAGGGAAAGAUGGAAAGCUGAAAAACAUGAGCUUGAAAGAGUAAAACAUGAAAUGAAGAGUCAGAUUGAUGAUCUUAAAAGCAACCUGAAGCAAAGUACUGAAAUAAUUGAGGAACUCGAGCAAAAAAAAAAGGAUGUGCAAAGCACUCAUGAAAACAUAGCUGCUGAAUGCAGUGGGCUGCUAGCAGAGAGAGAUGAAAAUCAUCAGCAAAUCAAAGAACUUCAACAGGAUGCUGCCACUCUGUCUCAACAAAACCAAGACGUAGAGGCCGAGCUUGAGAGAAUGAAGGAAAGAGUUAAAAAGAUGACCACACAAAGGCGAGAUGAAGAAAAGGAGAAGAAAUACUUGCAGAUAGAGAAUGAGCAGGCACAUGCUGUGAUGAGGACCUUGCAGGAGCGUCUGGAGGCCAGUGAGCGUAGCACUGAGGCCCUUCGCAGGGACCUGAGUGAACUGGGCUCCUUGCAGAGUCACAGUCAUGCAGAGCUGCAUCAGGUCAGACUUCAGUCUGCACAGAUGAGUUUACAACUGUCCCAGGCCAACCUGUCAAUGCGUGAGGGGCAAGCCACCUGGGCCCAGGAGAGGGACAUUUUAAGACAAAGUGCAGAGCUGGAUAAGGAUCGUAUUCAGAAACUGAGCCGUGAGCUUCAGAAGAAGGAAGAGUGGCUCCAUGAGGAGAGAACCGAGCGAGAAAAACUGGAAGUAGAGCUGGGGAACGAGAAGGACUGUAACCGGGAACUGAGAGCCAGUUUGAGAGCCCUGCAGAAGGAACAAGAGCAGCAUCAGCUGGAGAAAGAGGAGCUCUUAGAUCAUAUCCAUGUGCUGGAGCUGAGACUAGACACAGAAAAAGAUGCUAAGUGGGCUGAGGCUGCAGCUACUCCAACAUCUAGCAUUGAUAGCCCUCCAUCAGUUGAAGAAAAGCCACUGAAAGAUUUUUUAUCUGAACAGACUUUAUGUGUGGCAGAUCGUGAACAGUCCAGCUUUCAUGUGUCAGCAGAGCAAAGCCAAAAGGAUAAUGAGAUUGAUAUGAGGCAAGAGGACCUAGAAGUGGAGCCAUGUUCCAGUGUCAUUGCUGACAAAACUUUACUGCUUUCUGAACAUAACAACAGUGUAUUCAGUGGUCUUGCUGACGCCCCCAUGUGGUGAACCAGACGUGGAAUAGAAAUGAACGUGUGUGCAGCUUGUUUACAUCAGAGCAUGGUCAUAUGCUCCUGAUCAGUGUGAAAUAUCAAAACAGUUUUCCAAGAUGGCUGAUUUUAUAGCCAGUGUGUAAUCUAAUAUAUGUGACACUGGAGCACAAAAUGAGUCUUACGUCGCUGGGGUAUAUUUGUAGCCAUACCAAA